AUGUCAAUCACAUCGGACGAGCUAAACUACCUGGUGUGGCGGUAUCUGCAGGAGGCGGGUUUCGAACAUACAACAUAUGCGUUUCAGCGCGAGGCGGGCGUCCAUCAUUUGGACAAGCAUUUCUCUAACCGCAUUCCUCUGGGAGCGCUAGUCAAUGUGGCACAGAAAGGAAUCCAGUUCAUGGAGGUGGAGGCCAGCGUCAAGGAGGAUGGCACGAUUGUGGACUCGGACGACAAGCCGUUUUCGCUGUUUGGGAACGACUACGUGCGCAGUGGGACGCCAGAGAUUGAGGAGGAGCAGACUAACGCUUUGAAGGGCGCAGCCACGGCGUUGCUAGCUGCUCCGUCCGACAUUACCGCAGGUGCAAAUGUGGCCGUGACUAAAAUCGAUCCUGGAUUGCCUACCACGGCUCCAACGUUAACAGCACCGGCAAACAACAACAACAUAAAGAAGGUAGUGGCUGCUACCAUGACAGACAGGGCAACCAAUACACAAGAUACACAGAAUGCAACGUCGCAAAAAGACAUGACGCGCGAGGAGGUGCCGAUAAUCUCGUUGACGCCGUCGGUGGAUGUGGGUUCUGUGUCUCAAUGCCAGUGGAGUCCGGUUGACAAGAAUGUGUUAUUAACGGGAGCGGCCGGACCAGUUGCUUCGUUACUGGUGCUCAACAAGGGAGGAGAAGAGGAGGAGGGAACGGCGGGGACUUUACUACCUACUCACGGCGACGAGAUGGAUGUGGAUUCUGAGGAUACCAACAGUACGAAAAAGAUGGUCAAAAUUGCGUCAACCACAAACCUCGCACAUUCGCCGAUUCCCCAAGGCGACAAGGAUAUUACUGCAGUGUCGUGGAACAGAAUCGGAACGCUUUGUGUGACAGCUGCGUUUGAUGGCCAACUACGAUUAUGGACUGCCCAAGGCAAGCUACGACACAUUCUCAGUUUGCACAGAGCUCCGAUUUUGUCUGUCAGAUGGAAUAAGACGGGCUCGUUGGUGCUGUCUAUCGAUUGCACAAACACGCUGGUUGUGUGGGAUACCACUUCGGGCGAGGUGCGACAUCAUCUGAGCCUCACGGUGGCUCCUCCUCCUGCUUCGGCAGCUGUUUCGGCAGUGUCAGCGGUCGUGGGAGAUAUCCAAGCUGCUCUGGGGGGUAAGGACGAGAGCCACGAGUCUGCUGAGUCGAUCACAACCGGGUUUGAUGCUGACUGGAUCGAUGGAUUGACAUUCGUCAUGACUGGAGAGAACCAUUCGAUUGUGGUUUGCAGGGUUGGUGAGAAGCUGCCUCUGCUAGUGUUCAAGGGCCACUCGGCAGGUAUUAACGAUAUUCAGUUUGAUCACGUGGGUUUACUUCUGGCAUCGGCUUCAGAUGACCACUCUGUGCGGUUAUGGCAGGGUCGAUCGGUCGCGUCUACAGCCACUCUUCUCGGACACACGGCCCCCGUCAUGGUGGUACGAUGGCUUCCGUUACUCAACGCGGCCAAUCUUGUUGGAGGUGCCAACAUUGGCACCAUGAGUCUUGUGGUGAGUGCUUCUCUCGACGGAACGGCGCGUGUGUGGCUGCCUGAAAACGCUCGUUGCCUGGCGGUGUUGGCGCUGCAUGAAUCUGCUAUUUUUGCCAUGGAAAUCUCGCCCGACCGCAAGUGGCUGGCGACAGGAGGCAUGGAUGGCGUGCUGGUCUUGUGGGACCUGGCAGGACUGGAGGACAAUGAAUGCACCGAGGAGGGCGCCGGAAGAGCUCUGGCGCGCCUGGAGAUCGGGGCUCCCAUUGAUUGUAUAGGCUGGAAUCUCGAGAGUGACGUCAUCUGUGUGGGAACCAGCGGCAAAAGUUAUGUGGUGGAGUGGAACGAGGGCAUGAGAGAAACCAAGGUGGUGGCAUAG